CGGUGAAGUGGGUUUUGCAACUGUAUUGACUUAAAGAAAAAUCCGAGAGUAUGUAGAAAGACUCCGGCUAUUAUGUAUUGUACAUAACUAAAUGUACAAUCUUUGCACCACCACUACUUACACUGCUUCUUGGUACACUAUUUCCAUAAGAAUAACAUUAUAAUUAUGUGUGUUAUUCUUAUAAAAAACGAGGAGUGUAUGCAAGUGAGCGAUAAGUGUACGAAAAUGGUACUUAUUUUAGCCGCGAUAAAAUUUGGUAAAUUGGCCAAAGCCCAAAAUCGUCAACGGGUGGGUUUGAGAUAGGCUUGUCAAUCAAUGUGUCGCCUCACUUUUAUAAAUAUGAUAUGUGUAUGUUCCAGCUUAAAAUUGAAAAUUGAGGUGACAAAUGAAAGGAUUAGGUGACAAACCUGUCUCAGACAACAACCGUCAAAACGUUAUUAUAUUAUUAACUUUUCUUUUGUUAUUUUUUGCAUAAAAAUUUUUAGAGUUCUUAAAAAAAUAAUGUAUACAAUACAUUUAUUAUACCGUUUAAACCUUUAUCAACGCUGAAGGAGGGAAACAGGAAUAAGGGAGAAAAAUGGAGCAAGAAUUGGAAACCACCAGGAUGAGGAUUUUCUCCAACAUGCUGACGACCCAAAAAGAAGAUCUCAAAAUUGCGUAUGAGCGAAGGGAGAAGAUGAAGCAAGAGUUGCUUGACUACAACGAGCUGGCAAACACUGUCAAGAUCAUGCUUGAAAACAGAGACGUGCAGGAAAAUGGGCUGCAGACUUCAGUCAACUUGGGCUGCGACUUUUACGUUGACUCAGUUGUGAAAAAGCCAGAAACGAUUGUCGUAAGCUUGGGCUUGGACCUUUUUGUCGAGUACACUCUUCCUGACGCCUUGACAGUGGUUGCCGCCAAACAGGCUGUCCUCGAGCAUCAAAUCGACUACAUGACUCAACAAAUAGCACAGAUUGAAGGGUUCAUCGCUUUAUCUACGUCUUCCCUGGGAUCUAAUGCUCAGUUGCACCCUUCUGAGUUUGAACAUUUGAGUGCCAGCAGCUUGAAAAACAAGCCAACAAUAUUUGACUGCCUUCAGAAUCAACUGCUCAACCAAUUGAAACAGUGAAUUGAUGUUAUGGGGUCAUCGAUCCUACUAACUUUGUACAUUCAAAUAUUAAAUAUUAUAAGUCAUUUAAUAAACCCAACGAUGUUUUAAAUUUGAA